AUUCCUCCGGGGACCUUGGUCGCGUCGACUCACGUCGACUGGCGUGACGUCAUCGCGGGUGCCGGCGAUUGGUCGCCUGGCCGGCUCGGCGCGCGGUGUUGGCGGUCGCGAAGGGAAGGGGAAGCGCCGUCGGGCGAGCGCCGCCAUUUUGACAGACAGAAGGAGCCUGCUGCCGCCGCUAACCGCGAUCCGUCGUCGUGCCGUCCCCAGCUGAGCCGUUGACACCGUUAGCGCGAGCCGCCCGGCGGUUGAUUAUAUCGCGUAGGAUUCGCGGCAACCGGCGGUGGCGGAGAGGAGGAGGAGGAGGGAGGUAGCCGGAUAAGCACAGAGCGGUCGUCGAGCAAUAUCGGGGAGAGAACGGUACGUCGUCACGGGCGCCUCGCGCCUCGUCUCGCGUCCGCUGUUCGCGUCGUGCUGUGCUGUCGUGGCUGCUCUCGCGUAUAUACGCGCCGAAGUUCCACCAGUGCUCCGUGACCGCUCCGUCGUCCCUUGCUCGCUCUCGUCGGCCGACCGACUCGCGACCGUCCGCUCUCUCGCGCGUCGUCCAUCGUGUUCGCGGUGCACGGAGAGCCGGAGCGCACCGAGGGUUAAAACUUUCUCUCUUGAUCGUUCUCUCUCGCGUUCUCUCGCCUGUCGUGAGGGAAUUCGUGACGUUGUGGACGUAACUGCUGUUGGCUGCUACUACUGACAGCGAGACAGUAUGGCGGGACAGACGAUCAACGACAGGCUGUUGGCCGCGAGACACAGCAUCGCCGGCCAGGGCCUUGCGAAAUCCGUCUGUAAGGCGACGACGGAGGAGAUGAUCGGGCCCAAGAAGAAGCAUCUCGACUAUUUAAUCCACUGUACGAAUGAGCCGAAUGUCUCCAUACCGCAACUCGCGAACCUUUUGAUUGAACGUUCGCAGAACACAAACUGGACGGUGGUGUUUAAAGCUCUGAUCACCGUACAUCACAUGCUCUGCUAUGGCAACGAGAGGUUUACGCAGUAUCUCGCCUCCAGCAACAGCACGUUCCAGCUCAGCAAUUUUCUCGACAAGAGCGGCGUACAAGCAGGAAUACGCGUGGGAUAUGACAUGUCGCCGUUUAUCAGACGAUACGCCAAGUACCUCAACGAGAAAGCCCUCUCCUACAGGACGGUUGCGUUCGACUUCUGCAAAGUGAAAAGAGGGAAGGAGGACGGCACUCUACGCACGAUGAAUGCUGAGAAACUCCUGAAAACCUUGCCGGUACUGCAGUCGCAACUCGACGCACUGCUGGAAUUCGAUUGCACGGCAAACGACCUCACAAAUGGCGUCAUAAACAUGGCCUUCAUGCUUCUCUUUCGAGAUCUUAUCCGGUUAUUCGCCUGUUAUAAUGACGGCAUCAUUAAUCUGUUAGAAAAGUAUUUCGACAUGAAUAAGAAACAAUGUCGGGACGCCUUAGACCUCUACAAGAAGUUUCUUAUACGCAUGGACAGGGUCGGAGAAUUUUUGAAAGUCGCGGAAAAUGUCGGCAUCGACAAGGGAGACAUACCAGAUCUGACAAAGGCACCGAGCAGUUUGUUGGAUGCCCUGGAGCAACAUCUCGCCUCGUUGGAAGGAAAGAAGGGCUCAGCCGCGAAUACACCAACGCAAUCAGCAAGCAAUAGAACCAAUGUAAAGUCGGGAGUGUCCGCCCUGUCUUCCACCAGUACCGCGUUCGGAACAGCAGCCAGUAACGCGCGACUCGACCAAACCGGGAACGGCCUUAUCGACGAAGCGUUGCGACAGCAAGCUCUCGCGGAAGAGGAAGCCGCCAUGAAUCAAUACAAGGCUAAAGUACAAUCACCAUCGGGUGGUCCCAGCACAAAUCCCUUCCUCAGUUCUCCAACCAAUAAUGCUAAUCAACCGAUCGUGGAUUUGUUCGGUGCCGCGCCAGCGUCAGAAAAUCAACAGCAGUCUCAGAAGGCGUCGGACGAUCUGCUGCAACUGGCGGGCAAUCCAUUCGCGAACAUGUUCGUGCAGUCAGCGCCGUCGGCCGCGCAGCCUGCUCAGAACAACAUGUGGAUGACCAACGGUAAUGGUUUCGCGGCUGCGCCACCAGCAAAUAAUAACUUUGUUACAGAUAACAGUUUUUCCUCCGUAUUCGGAAAUCAAGAACAGCAAUCUUCUGGCGCUCCAGGAACGGCCGCGUCCGUACCUAAUCCCUUCAUGUCCGAUUUCCCAUCCGGCGGCCAGGCGACCUUCGGGCUGUUUGAGCAGGGCGGUGUUGUUGUUGGCGGCGCGAACGAGCAAGCGGCGCAAGGCGGAGACCUCUUCAGUGCCGGCGGUGGUCAGGCGGAUCUCUUCUCCACCGCGAUGCUGAGGGCCGCGAACGGCAGUGACGGAGACGCCGCGGCCGAUGGGAUGGCGGCGGCGCCUCCCGGCAAGCCACCGUCCACUGCCACGCCGCCUCCUAGACCACCGCCACCCGCGACCGCCGCGAAUGGUGCACCGCGUACACUGUCACCGACGUGCGUCGGCGGAGCGUCACAUGGUAGGCCAGCGGCGGCGAGCGCAUCGACGACGGCGGCGGCGACGGCGGCGGCGGCGAGCGCCGCCGCCGGUUCAGCCCCGGGCAAGAGCGCCUUUGACGAUCUCAACGACAGUAUCCGUAUGGCACUGGGCGGGUCUCCGUCGCGUCCGGCACCACUGGCCGCCCAGCAACAGCCGCAACAACGACGCAUGCCGCAGUCGGCGGCCGGUAUGUUCGCGUGCAACCCGGACGACGCUACUGAGCAGCCGAUGCCGAUAGGCUAUGGUAUCCCUACCCAAGCCCCCCAAGUAGGGUACGGUUCGCCGGCAAAGCAAGCCAUGUCAGCCGCGGGGCAACCGGUCAACGCGGCCGGCACUGGCAAGGUCCUGACCGGAGAUUUGGACAGCAGCCUCGCCAGUCUCGCGCAGAACUUGACGAUUAAUAAGAGCGCUCAGCAGCAAGUCAAAGGGAUGCAAUGGAACUCUCCGAAGAACGCAGCGAAAACGGGCGGUCCGGCUGGUUGGUCACCGCAACCAAUGGCAGCUACGACUGGUGCUGGAUAUCGACCCAUGGGCCAAGGAAUGACGCAGCUGCUGCCUACGACCACGACCAUGGGGUUUCCCACACAGCCCACCAUGAUGGGUAUGCAAGGUAUACCGAUGGGCAUACAGGGCAUGCAGGGCAUGCAGGGUAUGAGGCCGAUGAUGUGUACUAUCCCAGGUGCUUCCGCCGCCGGUAGCGGUAUGAUGGUUGCGGGAGGGACUGCACCCAUGAUGCAAAUGACCGGUGCGAAUCCCAUGAUGGGUCCUAACCUGCAGCAGCAGCAUCCUCAAGCAGCAGCUCAGCCACAAGGCAAUGCUGUCCAGCUCGAUCCAUUUGGUGCUCUGUGAAGGGAUUAGGAUUCAAAAUGGAAUUAAGAAGACGGAGCGACAUUUUGUAAAUAUCGUUGUGUAAUAUGCCUAGAAAA